CCGGUUUCUUUUACCUCCAAAUUCUGAAAAUUGCCGGUUAAGGGUUUCCAAACAGAAGAGAGGAAGAAGAUGAAGAUAGUGACGUACAACGUGAACGGUCUGCGGCCGCGCAUUGCCCAGUUCGGCUCUCUGCUCAAAUUGCUGAAUUCAUUGGGCGCCGACGUCAUCUGCUUCCAGGAAACCAAGCUGCGACGGCAGGAAUUGACCGCCGACUUGGUCAUGGCGGAGGGCUACGAGUCCUUUUUCUCCUGCACCCGCACCUCCGAAAGAGGCCGCACCGGGUACUCCGGUGUGGAGACGUUUUGCCGGGUGAAUUCGGCGUUCUCGAGUGACGAAGUGGCGUUGCCGGUGGUGGCCGAGGAAGGAUUCACUGGGGUUCUUGACAGUGGGAAAGGAGAAAUGAAUGCGGUUGCGGAGGGGCUUGAGGAGUUUUCGAGAGAUGAGCUACUGAAGGUUGAUGGCGAGGGGCGUUGUGUUAUCACGGAUCAUGGGCAUUUUGUUCUCUUCAAUUUGUAUGGGCCUCGAGCGGGGGGUGAUGAUACGGAAAGGAUCGAGUUUAAGUUAAAGUUUUUCAAGAUCUUAGAGAAAAGGUGGGAGUCUCUCCUGCGUCAGGGGAGGCGGAUAUUUGUUGUUGGUGAUCUUAACAUUGCACCCACUUCAUUAGACCGUUGUGAUGCGCAACCAGAUUUUGAGAACAACCAAUUUAGAAGAUGGUUUAGAUCGAUGUUGGUGGAAAAUGGAGGCUCCUUCUUUGAUGUUUUCAGGGCAAAGAAUCCUGAUAGAAGAGAAGCAUACACAUGCUGGUCACAAAGUUCAGGUGCUGAAGAAUUUAAUUAUGGCUCUAGAAUCGACCACAUUCUGUGUGCAGGGGUAUGCUUACACCAAGAGCAGGACUUGCAAAGCCAUAACUUUGUAACUUGCCAUGUCAAGGAAUGUGACAUAUUGACACAAUUUAAACGGUGGAAACCUGGAAAUUCACUGAGGUGGAAGGGAGGGCAGAACAUCAAACUCGAAGGCUCUGAUCAUGCUCCAGUUUACACAAGUUUACUGGAAAUUCCUAGUGUUUCCCAGCAUAGCACCCCAUCUUUAUCUGCUAGAUACAUUCCAAUGGUUCGAGGUCUCCAACAAACCAUUGUGUCGUUACUAAUUAAAAGACAAGCUGCUGAACAAGUUACUACGGAUGAAAAUUUCAUUAAAGAGAGUUCCACUGAGGGAGAAAGAAUAUCCCCUGACCAAUGUUGCACACCCGGUGCACCUAGUGGCGACUCCUGUUCUUCGAGCCAAAACUCUGAAGUUCUAUGUUCAAAAAUAUACGAGCAUUCAAGCACUUUUGCUAAUGAGGCCACUUGUAACACCUUGGUAACAUUAGGUGGUGAACGUAAAAAAACAAUGUGCAGCAAUGAAGCUAAGAAAAAAGCAAAAAGGAGCUCCCAACUCUCAUUGAGGUCAUUUUUCCAGAAAAGUCCGAUCACUAGCAACAGUGUGAGCAGCAGUAGUGUUAUUUCUAGUAAGGGAAAUUUUCCAGAUUCUAAUCAUCUCUCAAAUGAAACCAGUACCAGAAAUCAAAGUGGCAGUCCCAAGCAGUGUGAACUGAACUCAAGUGCAUCAAUUCAGGAUAGCGAUGAAGUAGAUGUCUACUCUUUGGACAAAGAGAAGAAUAAUUUUGCGUUAUUGGAGUGGCAAAGGUUACAGCAAGUCAUGCAGAAUAGCAUACCACUUUGCAAGCGUCAUAGUGAACCUUGUGUUGCUCGGGUUGUGAGGAAGCGAGGUCCUAAUUUUGGACGCAGAUUUUAUGUCUGUGCACGUGCUGAGGGACCUGCAUCUAAUCCUGAAGCAAAUUGUAAUUAUUUCAAAUGGGCUUCCUCAAAACCUCGACAGAAAUGAUGGUGGUGAUCGGUCAUGCCAGGUGAUAAUGGAUGCCGUGCUGUUAGUUUCCGGCCUACUUAUUGGGACGAUGUAGUGCUGACCAUCUCGGUAUGGAAAAUUUUGUAAUUAAAAUGAUUCUUUUUGAAAUAUUGUCUCCGGCAUAAGCUCCUUUGUUGUAUUAUGUAGCAGUAUUUUCUUGUUAGUGAAUUGAUUGCAGUGUUACACGAAAGAAAUUUGUUUCCAGAAUAUCAGAAUUUUAGUUUCGGGCGCACGUGACGUGUAUUUUUAGCUACACCCCCUCGAAUUCUAUUUUGAUUUCACUUUACCCUUUGUAACUCAAAAGUCAUCACUUUACUUCCUGAAAUUCAAAAAUCGUUUCACUUUGA